CCGCUAAAGCAGAUCCCCAUGAACCUGUUCAUCAUGUAUAUGGCCGGCAACACCAUCUCCAUCUUCCCUGCCAUGAUGGUUUGUAUGAUGGGCUGGCGCCCACUGCAGGCCCUCAUGUCCCUCUCUGCCACACUAAAGGCACUGGAGAGUUCAAGCCGGCGGGCACUGCAGGGUCUGGUGUUCCUGGUGGGCAAUGGGCUAGGGCUGGCACUGGCCCUCUACAAGUGCCAAGCCAUGGGGCUGCUGCCUACCCGCCCGUCCGACUGGCUGGCCUUCGUUGCCCCACCACAGCGGAUGGAGUUCACUGGUGGGGGCCUCAUCCUGUGACCCAAUGCACCCACCCACCAAUAAAGGUGAUGGCAGGCUGGU